AGGUCCGAUCCGCUCGAUUCGCCGGCGGCGCCACCAACCAGCAAGGAGGCACAACUUGAUGGCAAUGUAGUCACAGAUUUGCCAAGUGAUCCUAUAUUGCACAACAUGAGAACUCGAAGGGUUCAAGCUGCCAGCAUGGGCAUAUCAGAAUCAAGACAAAAGCAAGUCUACCUUAUUUCACUGAUAAACAAAGGCAGAGUUGUGGCCAAAGGGAAGUUAGUGACUACAGAUAGCCAAAGAGAAAUAUUAGGAGCAAAGCUUGGACCAGAAUAUUGUGGGGUUCUUGUUGAAGGCCUUGAAAAUAUUGAACUUGGCAAUAUUAUAGAUGAGGAGAUACCUAGACCAUCUAAUCAGAUUCGUACACUAAUUGAUGCUAUUGGCUAUGUUAUUCCUUGGCCAAUUACACAUGUGAAGCAAGCUAGAAGCUCAUCUUGUACCCGCAACAAGUUGGUACCUGCAGCAUGUGGACAAAGCUAGAUGGGAAGCCUAGUAUAAUUGCAAAGUGAAUCAGUUCGAUUCUAGUAGUUACUAAAAUUUUUAAGUGAUAUUUGUAUGAUAUUGCCACUUUGGCUUUGCUUCUUUGUGAACACAAUUGGCAGUUACUGAACAUGUUUGCUAUCGAGUUAGUUAGCUUCUUGAUAUUUUGCCAAGGCCAAAAGCAAUAUUAUUGAGGGUUUAUAAUU